AUGAAGAUUCCAAUCGUUUUUCUCCCACUUCUCAUUCUUCUCAGUUAUUCUGUUGUAAAUUGUGAUGAAGGAAACGUAAGUUGAAAUAAUCGUCUUGCUAUUUUCAAUUGAUGACAAUGUUAUAAUAAUUACAGAAGAUAGUGCUUGGAAAUUGUGCGUAUGCAGGAAACCCUGAUACUGAAAUCACUCAUAUCACUUGGUUCUUCGUUAGAGAUCGCGAUGGAAAAGUUAUUUCAUUUACCAGAUGUCAAAAUAAUGGAGGUGCAGAUCCAUUCAAAGUUUGCAGAAAAUUCAAAGAAAUACCAGGUGCACCAAAUACAGAUGGACCCAAAGUGCCAGACGGUCAUCAUUUGACUCUUUUGAUUUCUGUAAAACAAAAACAAGACAGACUUGUGAAUGAUGUUGAAUACCGUUAUAUUCCAAAAGUUAUGAAAAUGGAAAAAGUUCGUAAUCCAAGAGAAAUGUACGGGGAUAAUCAGCGUUUCAACGAUAACGGACUUUUGAAUAUUCAAGGGGUCCAUAUCGGAGGAAAUUAUGUUAAUAUGUGCGACGAACAUCGCAAGGCAUUAGGAAUUUCUGAACAUGGAUUGUAUGUUAUUACACAAAAGAACGGCGGUAUGAAUUUCCAAAAAGCUUAUUUCGAGCCACAAGCAUCGGGAGAAUUCUUCAUCUAUUAA